AUGCCAGACAAGUGGGAGCCGUACCCUGCCAUGUCGCAACCGAACGUGGCCAUGUUCCUUCCCGUGACAGGAAAAGUACGACCCAACCAGCCCUUUGCAGGCACUCUGCUGCCCGGUGAGCUGGGUGCUGGACCUCGUGCCUCAGUCGACGCGUAUUGGUUUAACGCCUACUCGGGCUACUUUGGCUGCGCGCUCAACGGCGUCACGCCUUGUCUGCUGCGCAUCUCGGGAUUCCGAUACGAUGCGACGCUCCAGACGGAGGUUCUUGUAGCUGAACAGAACGCAACACUACCGGUGUGUCCACUUUACGUUCGCUGUCGGCUCACGCAAGUCUUCUUCAACGAGCAGUUCCGGGCGCUCUCUGGUAUCCAGUUCAACGCGUUCACAGCCGGUCUGAAAAUACCGCAGAUACACAUGUUGGAUGACCUACAACUAGAAUGGUACAACAACACGUGCUCGGCGGGUAUACUGAGGAUCGGCCAUUCCUAA